AUGGAGAAAGUCCGCAUAUACACUGAUAAUACGUCAUCAACUGAGGUUAUUCAUAAGUGCAUGUUUUCACAUGAGAAUAAACGUUAUCAAAAAUACGCGAGCACAUCUAUCCAUAAAAACUCAAAUGACCCACUAGACACAGUCUCCUACACUCUACUGUACCCCAACCCCAACCCCAGCGCCAAGCUCCGCCGCUCCCACCGCAGGAAUUCCUGCCGCAAGGUCACGCCGGCCGCCGAGGAGGAGGACGCCGGGCCGCGCAAUGCGGGCGAGGGCCGCCUCGUGCUUGGUGCUGCGGGAGGACCAGGAGACGGGGAGGAGCCCGGCAAUGGCGCGGCGAGCGGAGGCUCUGCGUCGCCCGGAUCUGCGAACGGAGGCGUCGAAUCGGCGGAGGACAAGGAGAACGCAGAACAUGCUUCUACUAAUGCUGCUAGACCUCAAGCCAUCACCAGUGACUACAUUGAAACCGGCCUGAUUCCCAAUAAUUCUUCUGAAACUGCAGAUGAAGGCAAUGGAACUGAUUCAGAAAGGCCUAGCACCAAUGGAAUUCAACAUAAAGUGUCUGAAAGUUUCACUGGAAUUGGACCGCUUGCAGUUGCACACCCAACUGAACGAGAAGAUUGUCUUGAGGAGUACCAGGAUGCAUCUUCUUUUCUUCAUCAAUCAGAUCCGGAAGAUGGUGCAGCAAUAGCACGUGAGUCAGAUGUUCCUAUGGAAAUCAAGAAUAUAGAUAAAGGCUCUCUUGAAAGAUAUGACACAUGCAAAUAUCAGUUUUCAAGAGAAUCAAGCAUGGCUGAUUUUCCUGCUGGAUCUGAAGUUGAAAACGAAGCUGAAUAUUAUGUAGGGAAUAUAACUCCUGGAUUGGUUGGGCGUGAAGAUGGCUUAAACCUCCAGAGUACAGAUGACUGCUCAGCAGAAAUUGACAGCAACAAUACAGAUGUUGUGGUUGACAGCAAAUCUGAUAAAACAUCUGGCAGUUGUGAGUUUAUUGGUGAUUUGAAUUCCUCAUCUCUUCAGAAGUGCUCUCCGCUUAUGUCCGACCCAGAAUCCCAAUCUGCAUGUUCCAGGAAGGUGGACAGCUUCUUUAAAGAUGGUAUGGAAGUUCUGGAUUGCAUGUCUGAAGUAUCGCCAAGAGAAGAAAUUGUAGAAUCAUAUCCUAUUGGAUCUGAAACAGUAUCUAAUUCUGGAGACGAGGUGAAGCUAAUUCAUACUGAAAAUACAUCGACUGAUCACUCCACAGAGCGCUCUUCACAGAACUUGUCUGCUCAAGUAUGCUCUGUACCUGGUUAUCAGAAUGAUCUGGCUGUUACUAAUGUGAAUGGCAUGCUCAAGUCCAUUGCUGAAGACAACUGCAGUAAAGGCAUUUUAGUUAAGGGCAGUGCGUUGGAUUCUUCCUGUGAGGCGAGGCCUGAACAACAAGAGGAAAUCUGCAACAGAGAGAGUGCCACUGAGGUUCCAACAAAUUAUCAAGUGUCUACAAGUCAGGAGCAUGUCACAUUACUAAUGGAUCAAGUGUCUUCUACCAAGAAUCCAUUCAAUAUAGAUGACACCAGGAGUGAUGACUUAUUUGAGCUUGCUUCUGGUUACCAUUUGGAGGCACCAAAUGUUUUUGAAUCAGAGCAGGAAGUUGACUCUACAUCUCAGACAGUUUCCAACCAAACCAGCGUUGCUGAUGGGAAACACUGUCCGAUCUCAGAUGAUCGCAUGGUAGCUGUGUCAAGUAAAAAUGAAUAUGCAGUUGAUGCAGAAGAUGCGUCGGUCGGUAGCAGUGCAGAUCCUCUGAAGAACAUUUUCUUGCAUGAUGCCUCGGUGAACCAUGACAAGAAGGAAGGUGAAUCGCAUACAAAUGGCAUCAUCGAUGCACGAUCUCAAGUAUUUCCGACAGAAUUUGGCACAAUGCCUGUCUCUCAGGAGACCAAUGCAGUCAGCACACAUGUUGAAGAAAAGACUGGCACGGAAGACACCAAAGCAAAAGAUGAGCCUCUGGUAGAGAAUAUAGAUGACUCAGAAGAAAAGAAACAGACUCAAGAUGCUAGCGUGAAGGAGAUGACUGCAGUACUGCACUCAGAUAAUGUCGAAGAGGAUAAACUGGCUGAGGAUACUGGUUCAAAUGAAGUGACUGCAGUACAAAGCACAGAAAAUAUUCAUGAAAAAGAUCAGACUGAAGACGGUAGUGCAAAGGAGAUGGACAGGGAAUUUAAUACAGCUGAUGUUGAUAACAGGCAGACCGAUGAGACGAGCAAAGAAGAGGAGACAGAUGAGGUGCAACAGACAGAUAGUGCCGAAGAAAAGAAGCCGGCUCCAGAAGCUAGUGCAAAGGAGACGAACGCCAUGCAAAGCAGGGAUCAUGCUGAAGAGCAGAAGCAGGGUGAAGGAACAGUCAGACUGGAGGGAAACAAGCAGAAUGGAGAGAUCGCCGCUAUCGGCUCGAGGCUGAAUUCAGCAAGGAUCAGCGUCCCCUUGAAGGUCCUCCUUGCUGAGGCGAGCCUGGAGGGCAAAGAGAAGAAACCCAGCACCAAGGAGCGGGUCCUGUCAUUCACACGGCGAGGAGCGUCGAAGGACGACGCCUCAUCGGCGAAGCCAGGGGCAGCCGGUUCGGACGACCAGUACUGGAAUUCCCCCGCGAAUAUGCCCCACGACAACAACAACGUCGACAAGAGGUCCAAAGUGAGGAAGCAGCCGUGGAUGCCCUUCAUCUGCUGCCACUCCGUGCACUGA